CAAGUCCGAUACUUUUGCGUUAAGUGUCAAAUAAAAACCCUUGCGUACAGCUAUUAGUAAAAAAUUUUCAUUGUGUCCUCUGACUUAUAUAUAUAUUUCGGGGUCCUGGUGUUACUGUGGUUCGGAGAAAUUAUAACUGACAAAUUUUUUUGUAUUAUGUCCUUUUCUAAAAUUACUCGGGUUUUUCAUAGGACCGUUUUCCCAACUCACUUCGUUACUCGUCGAGUUCAAUGUCUUCAGUCACCGAGAUCUGAUUUGUUUCAUUUGCCAUUUUCAAGAACCCUGAGAACUCGGAAGCCUUGGAUGGAUUUACGUCAGGAAAAUGUACUUUUGAAAAACAAAUUAAAAGCAGUACAAAAGGGGGCCGAAUUAGAACAACAACCGUGGGAGCCUUCGCCGAAAAAACAAAAGAUCAUGACGCAUGGAACCGCUACUCUCUUUGCAGGCGAAAAAAUUCUAGUAGGCUUGGAUAGUUUUAAAGAGAUUGUGGAUCGGGGUUCCACUAUAAUCGACAAAACACUUCUUAUUUCUGAGUUCAUUGAAUGCAAGGGGAUAGUCUCUCUUGUCGUUCGUCCAAGACGAUUUGGAAAAACCAUAAACCUCACUAUGCUUAGGGAAUUUUUUUCGAUUCCCAUCCACCCUGACAAUAAAGAUUACCGUUAUGAACUGUUCAAAGACACAAAAAUUAUGGAAAGAUCAGAUGUUUAUAAUAAAUAUUUUUGCAAGUAUCCAGUUAUCUUCCUAUCUCUCAAGGGCUACGAAAGUUGUUCAACUUGGUCAAGUAUGCGGGCCCGAUUAUGUCAGCAGUUGGCAACUCUAUACAACGAUCAUCAUUAUGUUUAUUACCAAGUCAGCCAAAAAAUUCUAAAUAAAUCACGUUUUGAUAGGAUAAAUUCCGGUAAAUUUAAGGAUGGUGUCACUGAAGAUGCCCUUCUAUACCUCUCCAAGUACUUGAAAGACUAUCACAGAAAUAAGUGUAUUGUCCUGAUUGAUGAGUACGAUCACCCUCUUGAAGUUGCUUAUCAACAUCAAUAUUACGAAGAAGCUUGUGGUUUUUUUGCUUCUCUGUUUGGAGCACUCCUCAAGGGCAAUGAUGAAAAUUUGGAGAAGGCCCUCCUUGUUGGUGUUUCUCGCGUUGCUAAGUCAGGAUAUUUAUCAGGGCUUAAUAAUUUGCAAGUGUUCCCAAUGCACCACGAAGUAUUUGCGAAUUAUUUCGGAUUCACUGAGGAUGAAAUCUUUAUCCUCCUUCAACAUAAUGGUAAGGAAGAUCAGUUAGAUGGGGUCAGGCAAUGGUACAAUGGAUACCGGGCCGGAAAUGGUCUUAAUUUGUACAACCCAUGGUCAAUAAUUUCUUUUAUUAAUGAAGGAACUUUGAAGGCACAUUGGAUUGACACAGGAGGUACUAAAACGAUUAAGGAUUUGCUUUGGAACUCAACUGAAGAUUUUAAAAAUAAUACAUCAAUGUUACUCAAGGGUUGUGCAAUCAAUGUAAGGAUUAUGGAAGAUAUGGACUAUAAUGUGCUAGCUCAAAAAUCAAAUAUAGACAAUGUACUUUGGACCUUACUCUACUAUGCGGGUUAUCUCACCAAAGAUAAAAAUGACAAUCUAUGCAUUCCAAACAUGGAAGUUUCUACAGAAUGGCAGGAAUGGCUGACAAAUUGCAAUUCAUUUGAAUUGGAUUCAAUGCUAAGUUUGCUGUUGCAAUGUAGGCUCUCAGAAUUUAAGGAGCAAUUCUCUAGAUUUAUUAUGAAUUCUCUUUCCUAUUAUGAUGUUACGGAUAAAAUGGCGGAAACCAAUUAUCAUGUCUUCAUAAUUGGCUUGUUUAAUCAAGCAUACUGCCGUGGUUAUAAAUUAAUAUCAAAUAGAGAAGCUGGUACAGGUCGAUUUGACUUAAAAAUUGAACCAACAGAGAAAGUGAAUUUUAAGACUGGAGUGUUUAUGGAGUUUAAGGUACUGAAAAAUGAGAAACAGAAUAAGAAGAAACUUCAGGAUAAGGCUAAUGAAGCAUUGGAACAAAUAAAAAAUAAACGCUACUUUUCUGAUCUUCCUAAAUUUACCAAACAAUGUGUUAUUUGUGGAGUUGCUUUUCAGGGGAAGGAUGUAUAUAUAGCGAGUGAGGUGCUGAAUUCGUGGCAGAAUUAAGGUUGGUUGCCGUAAGUAAUGAUUAUUAUAUAUCGAAUUACAACCUUUAGUAGUUGUAAUAUUAUAAACAUAAGCUGUAAAUUGGCUGUAAAUACUACACUAUUGUGGUUAGCUAAAAGAUGGUAAUUCUGAUUUACAACCAUUAUAUUUACUUGAUUUUUGGACUUACAACUAUUUAUGGAGACCAACACUAGGUAGAAUAGUCAUUAUAUUUAUAUUUAUGCAACAUAAAAAAUAAUGUUUAACUGCGGGCAUUAAUAUAAAACCAUCACAUAGCAGAUUUAUGUAUUAUUUUUUGUAUUAAUAAACAAAAGUCUUACAUUAUAUCAAGAAUAAUUU